AUGCCUAAUCAGAGUGGAUCUGAUAUCUCUUUGACGUCGAGCUUGUCAGUAUGCCCAGCUGACCGCGAUACGAGGCCCGGCUCGUCAUCAUGUGACACUCUGGCCGCGUCGCAGCAUCGUCGGUCUUCUUAUUCCACCCCAGAAGGCGUCCCGAUGACAAGGGAUCAGCAACCGGUGUUGAACGAUACUGAUGCGGCCUCAAGUGCUUUCGACUCGACGGACCCGGGUAUCUCUGCCAUCAUGGCGCUGCCGCAAUACCCGAGCGUCGCUACUAAUGAAGCCAACUUUUUGGCUGUCUCCGAGGUCGUAAAUGCCGUGAUCGACCGCGAUUCCUAUUUCCACCGUGCAGGGGCAGGGGAUGAGGGAGCCGUCCAUCGUCAUUCAUCGCCACCCGCCGACCUGUACAUGUCAGAUUCAGAGAUGACCGAUGUAUUGUCCGACCUGGGCGGGGUACCCCUCGCUCCAUAUGAGAACGGGCACCUCGGCAUGGAGACACUGGUCCACCAUUUGAUCGAUCACGCAACAGCCAGGCGCGCCGUCUCUACGAUUUCGGAAGAUAGUGAAGACGAAGACGAAGAUGCCGCAGCUCUGAUAACAAACUACGACACCCCCGUGAAUCAAAAUCCGUCCACCCCAAUAUCGGAGCAGGACGAUCUUCUCGACGACGCAGAGAAGUUCUACUCGGAUGAGGAUGGCGGCAACUACGACGACGACUUCACUGACCAGUCCGAAGUCUACCAAGCUGGGGACUUAUCGGAGGUUGAUUACGAUGAUUUCUAUCGAGGUUCAGAUCAUGACCUGGGCUCGCAGGCAACAGAAGUCACAGCCCAUGACGACCACAAUUACCCCUCCGAUGGUGAAGAUUGGAGUGGUGGAGAUUUGACUGGCGAUCCCCGCUUUCCUGCCUCCGUCAUACACGGAACCACCCAUGAAAGAAACUUUACUAUCGACCAAUUUAUCUCUCAAUGGCUUGUCCAGUCGACGGCGGCCUCGAUACCGAGUCUUCCGGUUCUAUCGACGGCAAUGCCGCCAAGUCCCAUCUCCAACAUCCUUGGCUGGAAUCCUCCAGCAAAGAUCGCACGGCCGAGUGGGUAUACAGGAGACUUUUAUGACAUUCAACAGAUCCCAUGGUGGGAGACCUUACGAGUCAAGCGAGCAGACGCCCGGGAGCUACGAGACCUCUGGUAUACGUCAUACCAUAAUUUAGAGUACUCGAAUCAACGGCCCGGGUUGCGACUGUCUCAGGAGGAGUUCUACUUCCGGGAAAAGGCUAUGUACACCAAGCAUAAAGCUACGAUCGAGCACUUUCAACUUCGGAACUUGAUGUCGGUUGCCGCCUACAAUACGGUGCAUUUUGCCCAAGAGUCGAAAGUGUAUUCCUGGGUGCCCGCGUAUGACGAUGUGAGCUGCUUGAUCGACUUGUCCAAGCCAUCCGCCGAAUCCGGAUUCCACGCGCCGGUGAAGAUCUCUACAAUGAAGUCGGCUCACGACGUUGCCAUCGCCGGUGGGUUUGCGGGUGAGUACGCGGUGCGGGCAGCGGGCACGCAGGAGGGUGGCGUGGAAGGCUUCGUGACGAAGGACCCCAACGGGAUCACCAACCAUAUCGAUGUCGUCCCCAGUCGCACGAGCCGGUCGCCGAUGGGCAUCUUUGCCUCCAACGACCGACACCUCCGCGUGCUGGACGUGGAGACCAAUACCUUCAUUGCAGAUCAAGAGCUGUCGCGCGCCAUCAAUUGUACAGCCACGUCGCCAGAUGGACGUUUGCGGUGUGUCAUUGGUGACUCGCCUGACGCUUGGGUCGUCGAGGCAGAUACUGGACGACCGGUCCAUCCCCUCCGAGGCCAUCGCGAUUUUGGGUUUGCGUGCGCGUGGUCUCCUGAUAUGCGACACAUCGCAACCAGCAACCAAGAUAAGACAGUGAUCAUCUGGGAUGCACGGACCUGGCGCGUUCUAGAGAAGCUCGAGUCGGAUGUCGCGGGGUAUCGAUCUCUCCGAUAUUCGCCGGUCGGCGGCGGCCCACGCACGCUACUGCUGUGCGAACCGGCUGAUCGCGUCUCGAUCAUCAACGCGCAAACGUACCAAACGCGGCAGGUGCACGACUUCUUUGGGGAAAUCGGUGGUGCAGACUACUCUCCGGACGGUAGCACGGUCUGGGUUGCCAAUACCGACGAACAUUUCGGUGGAUUUAUGGAGUACGAGCGACGCCAAUGGGGACAGCGAUACGGAGUACGGGACUUGCCUAACGAAUGGGUGCGAGAGUCCGACUUGGACGAGGAUGAGCGAUGCGUUCUAAGCGAACGAGAGCGACAGAUGCGUUUCUGGUGGAAUUUAAGCGACGAAGAACAUGAGGGGUUGCUACUGGUGUAG